AGAAAUGUCGAAUGACGAAACAAGGGCUCGAUAAGCUUACGGUGAUAAGUAGCGAGAUCUUUACGUUGACCGUGAUAUUUUAUAUUUAAUACCCUGAAAUAGUGAAAAUAUUAUUAAAGUGUAGUGUAAAGUUCAACGAGCGUGAAUAUAAAUAUAUGUUUUGUGUAUAACCUCAUAUCGAUAGCUAUGUUCCUUGUAUUUAUAAUAAAAUUCGUCCGAUCGCGAUAAAUGAAAGUAUUGUUUAUAUUCAACAAAAUUCACGGUGCGUUACGCGUUGUGGGUGUGUGUGCGAAACAGUUUCGAUCAAUUAUGUGAUAUACAUCAAACAAUGUGUUUGAAUUUGUGCAAUAUAAUUAUUGAGAAGUGUAUUUGUGGUGUGAUACGGAUGUUGUGGUAGGCUUGCCAUGUCCAGACUCGUCGACUACUUCGUGAUUGUGGGCUUUGACCACGAAAAAGAAAGGGGCGGUCUGAGCAACGGCAUCAUCCUUCAACGAUUUCCGGAAACCAACUGGGACGAUACACCCUUCCACGACGGUAUAGAAUGGUUCUGCCAACCGCAAGGAUGGGCGCUGUCCACGGAGCGCACGGAGCCGCGGUUCUACGUGUCGGUGCUGACGGACGUGGAUGCGAACCGGCACUACUGCGCAUGUCUCUGCUUCAACGAGACUGUCGCCAUCACGCCCACAAAGCCCGCAGACGAGGACGAGGAAUCUUUAGAGUCAACGCGUACGGUAGCGAACAUAACCCACCACAGUAUAAUGUAUGCACCCAAGUGCCUAGUGAUUGUCUCACGGCAGGACUACAUAGACACAUUUCGGAACUGCCUCGGCAUUAUCUACACAGUUUGGGUGGAGAACCUGGGUGUUCCUCUCGAGACACUAGUAGGCAACCUGGUGGGGUGCGUGCUGGUGCCCCCUCCCGGCGGGCCGCAGGUUCGCUUCAGCAUAGGCGCCGGCGACCGGCAGGCGCUGCAACCGCCGGCCGCCCCCCCUAUGCCGGUCACGCACACCUCCGUGCAUAUGUUACUUAGGUUGUUAGGUAUCCACAAUUCCGUGACUCUCUGGUGCGCCGUGAUGAGCGAACACAAAGUGCUGUUGGUGUCGCUAGCGGCCGCGCGGCUGUCGGCCGUCUGCCGCGCGCUGGCGGCGCUCAUGUUCCCCUUCCGAUACGCGCACGUGUACAUCCCCUUGCUGCCGGCUGGCCUGGCUGAAGUGCUGGCCACGCCCACCCCCUUCCUCAUCGGUGUGCAUUCCAGUUUGAAGGAGGAGGUCUCGGAACUGCUAGACGUGAUAAUAGCGGACCUCGACACGGGCUCCCUUCACAUCCCCCCCAGCGUGAACAUCCCGCGGCCGGAAGGCAAACUCCUGUCGUCUCUGCAGGACUCGCUGGCUCUGGUGCUGCAGCCGGAGCUAAGGUCGGCGGACUCGGCCUUCGCCCCUCCGCCGCCGUCAGCUUCGCCCCCCCACAUGUUGGAUAAGGAGAUCAGGGCGGUGUUUAUGAGAACGUUGGCGAAGCUGCUGCAAGGUUAUAGACACUGCCUCACCAUAAUCCGGAUCCAUCCAUCACCAGUGCUCACCUUCCACAAAGCUGGCUUCCUCGGAGCCCGGGGUCUGUCCCAGUGCCCGUUUGCUGAACGGCUCCUGGAUUCCAUGUUCUUUAAUGGGCUGGUAGCUGAGCGUGGACCCCCGUGGAGGCCCACGGAUAUAUGGGACGAGCUCGUACAAAACCUUCCAGAACAAUUGAGAUUAGAAGCGCUGAAUCCCGAAUUAGAGCUACAGCACAUACAAGAGUUAGCAAUGCAGCUGCAUUACAACGAGAAUCCCAAUCCGCAGGUGUUCCAACAACGAAUCCUGCGGCCGCCAGAGGGCGCGGCGGCGCGCAUCCACCAGCCGCCCCUACCUCCGCUAUCCGCCGCCAGAGUGCAGCAGGUCAUUGACGAGCUGUCUGCGAGGAAUAAUAAUGCUGAUAAAUUACAAGCGAUCCGAAUGCCAGCACCUCGCAUCAUCCCACCCGCGGCGCCGCCCACAGGCGCGGUGGAACAUACGCAGCUGUUAUUGACCAACUCCGCUAGGAGGCUGGAGGUGCUCCGCGCGUGCAUAGCGGCGAUAUUCGAGUGCCGGUACGCGGACGCGCGCAAGUCGUUCCCGGCCGUGCUGCGCGCCCUCCGCGCGCCCGCCGCGCGCGCCGCGCUCGUGCGCGACCUGGCGCAGCGCCUGCCCACCAACAAGCACAUCCUGCACCACCACCAGUUCGACCUCAUCGUCAGGUUAUUAAACUGCGCUCUACAAUCAGCGACAGCGCUCGACGAGCAUUCCAUAGCGGCGGCCAUAUUGCCGUUGGCCACAGCGUAUUGCCGGAAGCUCUGCACUGGCGUCAUACAGUACGCAUACAUGUGCAUACAGGAGCACGCGGUGUGGACGAGCCAGCAGUUCUGGGAGGCGGCGUUCUACCAGGACGUGCAGAAGGACAUCAAGGCGUUGUAUUUGCCCAGUCCCACGCAUCAUCAGCGUGUGCCGAGCCCCAGAGAAGACGAGGAAUACAUAUCACUAUUGAAGGCGCAAGAGCCGAGCGCUCUGGAAAUAGCUGCAGAACAGAUGCGACUGUGGCCCACCUUACCUACCGAUAAACAAGGCGAGUUGAUAGCAAGCGAAGAGUCAACAUUAUACAGUCAGGCGAUACACUACGCGAACAGGAUGGUGUAUCUGCUGCUGCCGCUGGAGGGAGCGGGACGGAGAGCCGACGUGCGAGCGGACGAUGAUCGGGCCACCAACAGCAUAUCAAACAGUGUUGCGGAAUCAGAUAGUGCCGACGCCGAGUCAGGUUUUGAAGAGGCCGACCCCGGCGAGGCCGGGAACAACGUCAUCAAGAUGGUGUCAAGAUUUGUGGAUAAGGUGUGCACGGAGGGCGGCGUGACCGCGGAGCACGUGCGCUGCCUGCACCAGAUGGUGCCCGGCGUCGUGCACAUGCACCUCGAGACGCUGGACGCCGUCGCGCGCGAGAGCCGCCGCCUGCCGCCCGUGCACAAGCCCCGUAUAGUGUCUCCGGCGCUGGUAUGCGGCGAGUCAGUAGCUGCGCCUGCGCUUCGGGCUUUACUAGUGGCAGAUGGUCGAGAGGCACCCUUGUUACCGGCGGAGGGGGCACUGUUCCUAACGAACUAUAGGAUUAUCUUUAAAGGCACACCUGUGGAUCCUUAUGCAUGCGAGCAAAGCGUGGUUCGAGCAUUCCCGGUUUGCGCACUCACACGUGAAAAGAGCGUGCGCACACACGCACACCUCGAGCACGCACUUCAUGACGGCUUGCAAUUGCGAUCAGCCACUGCACAAUUGAUAAAGGUGGUACUAGACGAGGAAGUAAGCAGCGAGCAAGCGGAGGCGUUCCGCAAGCAGGUGGCGCGGCUGCGGCACCCGCAGCACCCACUGCUGCACUUCGCGCUGGCGCCGCGCGCCGCCCCGCCGCCCUCGCUGGCGCAGCCCAAGCACCACACGCUCAAGGGUUUCGCGAAAAAGACGCUAUUGAAAACCGCGAGGCGAGCGGGCCUGAAGCCGAAGCCGUCGAAGCGGCAGAAGUACGUGCUGCCCUCCGCCGACGCGCGGUCGCUCACCUCGCCGCCGCUUAUGUCGUCGCUGUCCGCGGAUACGCUGUCGCUGGAGGAGCUGGAGCUGGGCGGCAGCGAGGGCGCGGAGGCGCCGGCGGCGCGCACGCUGGAGCGCGUCCGCGAGCGGGCGUACGCGCGCGACUGGGCGCGCCUCGGCCUCGCCGCCGCGCCCUUCCGCCUCGCGCACGCCAACGCCGUCUACACGCUGUGCAGGAGCUACCCCGCGGUGGUGGCGGUGCCAGAGGCGAUAUCGGACGAGUCACUGCGGCGGGCGGCGCGCGGCUACCGACAGAACCGCCUGCCGGUGCUCACCUGGAGGCACCCUAGAACUAGGGCCCUGCUGGCUAGGUCAGCGGCAUCCCAUCAUAAGGGUGUAAUCGGUAUGCUGAAGGCGAGCAGCCACCAGACACCUGCGCCGGCGCAGUCUGGCACUGAAUCUACUUCUAGUUUAGAACAGGAGAGAUUUUUGUCAACUCUAGUCAGUCUUACGCCGGCGUCGCGCGGCGAGCUCGAGGACUCUAGCCUCAGCCUCGACUCGCUGCUGCUCUGCUGCGAGGAGCAGCACCACACGCCGCUGCUCACCAAGGCCGCUGGCACUCUGGGAGUGCUAGGUAGGAACAGUGGUGGAAAAGGUGGUAGUAGUGCCACCGGUGGAAGACAUUUCGGAAGGUGGGGCUCACUGAAGGACAGGAGACAGGCCUCGCAUCUUGAACUUUACGCACCAAGGCAGAGGUUAUCUACUGCUGAAAUUGACUCAGCGUCGGGCGAGGCGGGCGGCGUGCGGCGCGCGGCGCUGUACGUGGUGACGGAGAAGGGCGCGGGCGCGGGCUGGCCGGCCGGCGUGGAGCCCGUGCCGGCGGAGUACCCGGACGCGCGCGCCACCAAGCACGCCUUCAAGAAGCUGCUGCGCGCCGCCGCGCCCUCCGCGCCGCCCGCGCCCUCCGCGCCGCACGACGAGCCGCCCUUCUACCGAUUAAUAGAAGAGUCCGGAUGGCUGUGGCAGCUGCGGCAGAUCAUGCAGCUGUCGGGCGCCGUGCUGGACCUACUGGACGUGCAGGGCUCCUCGGUGCUCAUCUCGCUCGAGGACGGCUGGGAUGUGUGCGCGCAGAUAUCGUCCCUAGCUCAAAUCUGCUUAGAUCCCUACUACCGAACGCUUGACGGUUUCCGUAUACUAGUGGAGAAAGAAUGGUUGGCGCUCGGUCACAAGUUCCAGCAGCGGCUAAAUCUGGCUGCCACCCCACAGCAGGGAUUCACACCCACCUUCCUCAUGUUCCUGGAUGCUGUUCAUCAGCUCCAGAAGCAGUUCCCGCUCGCGUUUGAGUUCAACGACUACUACUUGCGCUUCAUCGCGUACCACAGCGUGUCGUGCCGCUUCCGCACCUUCCUGUUCGACAACGAGGCGCAGCGGGCCGAGCUCGGCCUGGCGCCCGACGAGAGGAGGCCGGAUGUCGGCAGGCUGAUGGUGGAGGCGGGGGUGGGCGCGGGCGCGGGCGGCGCGGGCGCGGAGGGCGGGGAGGAGGAGCGCGGCGCGCUGGGCGUGUUCGAGUGCGCCGAGCGGCUGCACCAGCGCUCGCCGAUAUUCUUCAACCUGCUCUACGCGCCCGACCUCGACAACCCGGUCCUCCGGCCAGUUUGCUCGGUGUCUCGCCUAGAAGUUUGGGAGUAUUACAUGAGCGAGGAGCUGUCGCACGGGGCGCCCUACGAGCCCGACCUGUGGCCAGCGGAGCCCGAGCCCAAACCCGCCAGGAGGCUCGUUACUGCCGGAUACGACAGCGUCGCCCGCUGCAUGCCAGACGCGUUCGGCGGGCUGCUGGAGCGGCUGCGGCAGCUGGAGCUGGAGCUGGGCCACCUGCCGCAGAAGUGGCGCGUGCGCUGGGACCAGCUCGAGCUGCCCAACACGCUGGAGCUGCAGCGCGGCGGGUCGGUGUGCGCGGGCGCGGUGCGGCGCGCGACGGCGGCGGCGCACCGGCGCGGCACGCUGGAGGUGCUGGUGCGCGGGCGGCUGGCGGCCGCGCCCGCCGCGCCGCAGCACCGCUGGGCGCCCGCCGCCGCCGCCGCGCCCGCGCGCUGCGACCACUGCCAGGACCUGCUGUGGGGGCCGCUCGAGACGGGCGUGCGGUGCGUGGACUGCGGCGCGGCGUGCCACGAGCGGUGCGCGGACGGGUUCGCGCUGGCGUGCACCAAGUACAAGGCGCCGCCGCAGCCCGACCGCGACGCCAACCUGCCCGCCGCCUCCAGUGUAGCGACCCUGCAGUCCAGCUCGCAGCAGUACUACGAGCAGUUCUCGUCCAACGUGGCGGAGAACCGCACGCACGAGGGGCACCUGUACAAGCGCGGCGCUCUGCUCAAGGGCUGGAAGCAGAGAUGGUUCGUGUUGGACUCAAUUAAGCACCAACUGCGGUACUACGACGCAAUGGAGGACUCUCAUUGUAAAGGAUUUAUUGACCUGGCGGAAGUGAUAGCGGUGUCGCCGGCGGCGGCCGGGCCCGCGCCGCCCAAGAAGUGCGACGAUCGGUCCUUCUUCGAUUUACGAACGAGCAGACGGACAUACAACUUCUGUGCGAGCGACGCGAACGCUGCGCAGGAGUGGAUUGAGAAGUUGCAAGCGUGUCUACAGUGAGACUCCGCCCCUAACUCAACGCAAUUCGUCAUAACUUGUCCUAGCGUGACACACGGUGUCCUAAUCUCUCCUAGCGUGGCACACCGUUUCCUAAUUCGUCACAAAAAGCUUUACUUUAAACGUCAUUGUAUUUACUUGUUCUCGUUAUAUACUAAGCAUUUUACUGCAUUUUUGGCAACUUUAUUGUUUUGUGAAGUUUUGUCGUAUAUGUUCGUUGUUGUAGGUAGACUUGAAUUAUACGCGAUUCGUAGCUCGUUGACUGGUACGAUGUUGAUUUGCAACUUGUUGUGUAACAUUUCCGACAAAAGACUCCGCUUUAUAAUUUCUUAGGUUUUAUUUUUUAAUCGUCUUUUGUUAUUGCAGUAAUUUUCUACUCACUUUUAUUUAGAAUUUUACGAGAUCUUUUGGAUAACAUUUGUUUGGAUGUUGGACAAUCUGUGAAAAUUAACUCUCACCUAAUGAAAUAAUUAUCACAGCAAUUUUAUUUCUAAUGCAUCUAACCCACAAAUUAUGUUAGCAGACACAUGGAAAUGACGGUGACUGAAUUUUUUAUAGUAUUAUUGCGAGAGAUGAAACUUUGAACGUUCUUCUGAGAGAUGUUUAGUUUGUACCUUAGUUCGUUAUAGUUGACAACAAAUAUAUAAAUAUUAUUGUUACGUUGAAUAUUUGUAAAUAUUUAAUCCUAAUUCGUUGUUGUGUAAAGACUUCUGUUCCAUUAUUGAGUUACGUUUCAAUCGUAACGGCUAGAAAAUUGAUUUUAUUUUCAUAUAAGUGUAUUUAUGACGGAUUCCAUAAGCAUCACGUUAUAUUAUCGUUUCUAUUGACACGGUUCGCCGUCUGGUGUGUGAGGUGUCGACGCGAUGCCGUUUGGGAAUCUCAGCCGAGCCGAGGGUCACUCAUCGAUUAUUUUGUACUGUAAAUAUUUUAUGUUGACAUAUCAGUGUGAUGCGACGC